ACUAUUUAGAUAUUAUUAUCCCUCGGAACCAAAAAAAGAAAAAAAAAGCCCUAAAACAAAAUUUAAGGUUUGGCAUCGCGAAGACUUACGCUACCGCUUCCGCUGCUGAUUCUCUCUCAAUCUCCACAGUUUAUAUUUUUAGGUUUCCUUCGACACAAAGCAAGCUUUACAAAUCUUUUCAAGUUUACUUCUCCUUCGCCUCUGCUUCUUUGCUUAUAGUAUGUCUGAAGAUGUGGAGUACCGCUGUUUUAUUGGUAACCUUUCAUGGUCAACAUCAGAUAGGGGCCUAAAAGAUGCAUUUGAGAAGUUUGGAAAUCUUCUUGAGGCCAAGGUAGCUGUCGACAAGUUUUCUGGCCGUUCUCGUGGAUUUGGAUUUGUCACUUUUGAUGAGAAAGAGGCCAUGGAAGAAGCAAUUAAAGAAAUGAAUGGAAUGGAUUUGGAUGGGCGGAAUAUAACUGUUGAUAGAGCUAAGCCUCAACAAGGGUCAGGGAGAGAUUAUGAUGGUGACCGUAAUCGUGAUCGUGGACGUGAUCGUGACCAUGAUCGUAAUCGGGGCUAUGAUGGCGGCCGUGGGUCUAAUGGUGGGGAGUGUUUUAAGUGUGGGAAACCUGGACACUUUGCUAGGGAGUGUCCUAGUGAUGGGGCUAGGGGGGGCAAGUAUGGUGGUAGGGGGGAUCGUUAUGGAGGAGGUGGUGGUGCUGGUGGUGCUGGUCGUUACGGACCUGAUAGGAAUGGAGAUCGAUUUGGUGGGCGGAGCAGGGAUGCAGGUAGUCGUGGGGGGUCUGGAAGUGAUAGAUACAAUCGUGAUCGUUCUGGACCGUAUGACCGUCGUGGAACUGGAGGUCCUCGUUCUGGAUAAGAUGACUGUAUGUGCUUAUGAACUAAGGUUGCUGCUCUUAUGGCGAAGCAUGAAGUUUCUUUUUUACAGGAUGUGCUCUCUUCAUUGUUGUCUGGGUGGAACAAUAUAAUAGUUCAGUCCUUUGAAGUGUGAAACUUGGCACAAAUCUACUGACUAUUUAUGUGCUCCUUAAAUGCUGUGUUCGAUGUUUUGGUCCGAUGGAGUCUUGUGCUUUCUUGACAUGCUCUUUCAAAUAUGGUCUUAUGCUCUCUGAAUGCUCCAUUUUUUGUGACUCAUGCAUUGUCAACAGCAAUUGCCAUUACUUCUGUCCAACUUCUCGUUGACUUUUUUGAAUGCCCAAUUAUGGUAGAUGGUUUGGUCUUUGCAUGGGUAUAUGGAAGAAUGAUGGGGAGUGGUCCACCAUUUGGGUUUGUUUUGCUUCUUCUCACCUAAGUAGAAUCUUUCUUUAUAAGUAGAUGCUCAUUUUGGCUGCCCUGUUUUCAGUAUCUUUCUAAAUAAACAGGAGUCAAGCGGGUAAUUUAUUUUUCUUGCAUAUUGCUUUACUCUGUGCUAGUUUGUUAAUUAAUAGUUUGUGUAGUAUUGAUGCUGUUGACCUUUUGGCAGGAUGCUUGGCCGUUUGUGGCCUUUAUGGAUACUUGAUUGGGUUUCUUUGUUGCUAAUUGGGCAUGGUUUUAUAAACUUUAAAAUUGCGAGUUUUUUGGGCGCAACAAAGGAUCUGCGUACUAACUGAAUAUAAGCACACUCUCUGUUCCUUAUGGCGCACUGAUGGAAGAGUUCCAUUUCCUCUAGACACAUGGCAGGUUGUUUGGAAGCUCUUUGAUGAGUUCAGCAACUGCUGUUAUUUGUUCCCACGAGUCUGUGCUUUUUGAGUGUGGAUUGCCCUUCUUGCCUUGUCCGUCUUCUGGGUUCUAGUGUCUUGAUCUUUUUGGCUAAAAUUCAGAAAAUUGGUUAAUAUAUAGUUCUUUCAGCUCAGAUCGUGCUUGCUAAGUCCUUUUUGGUUCCUUGUGUCAAAACUCUUCGACUUUGAGGGUUGGUUUGCCUGGGGCUGUGUAGGAGAUUGGUGCCUUCUUCUUAGCUCUUUCUGAAAUAUGGCUGAAAGGAAAUUGUUCCUUGGUUCCUCUCUUAGGACUUGAAUUGUUGCAAUUUUUCCAACUGCAACCGGGACCCCUUGUCCAUCAAAUUGUUGGAGUGUGCUAUAGGCAUGGGUGAUAUUUUCUUGGUUUAUGUGGCAUUGCUUCAUACAUGCUUGAAUUGUUUGGUUUAUUUAUUUAUUUAUUUUGGUUUUUGUGGAUUAUAUCUUGCUUUUGUUAUAGACCUACCUAUUUAAGUGGUAUAAAUAAUAAUUAAUUUGAAUCA